CACACCUGCGCGUUUUAAAGUCUCACUCCCGGUGCACGUCACCUUUAUCCGGGCGCGAGAGAUAAACCCUGCCCGGUAAACGUUCCUGCUCCGGUACAGGAGUUAAUGUUUUCUGGGACCUACUUCUUCUCCUGCUGUCGCUGACAGGCGGUGCUUCGGUCGCUCCCAAACAUGGCCUCCAUGACGGAGCGACCGCUUCAACUUUAAUUUUUCGCCUAUUUUUCAGAGCAAAACCGUGUUUUUUUCCUUCCACGAGCACCGGGAAUGUUUCUUGGGAACGUAUCAUCAUGGCAGACGUGUGAAACAGAUGUUAUCUGUCGGAGAAGUUUGCUGUUGGCUGUAAACUGAUCGCUCGAAGUUGGCUGGAAAGCUGGAGAGGAAAAAGAGAAUUGCAUCAAAUCAAAUGCCAUCUGAGGCUCAGUCCCAGGAGCCUCGGGACAGAGGACCGGCCCCUCCCGUCACUCGGGCCGGACGGAGUGCUCAGCUGGCCAAAGCCGCCGCUACAAGCCCCGCCCCCGAGAGGCGGUCUCGUGGGCGGCCUCGGAAAGAUGGGAGUAGCAGCCGCUCUGUGCCUCCCACCCCUCCUCCUCCUCCUCCUCCUCCUCCUCCGCCACCUCCUCCCAAAUCAAGGAAGAAGGGGCGGAGUCGAGGCCGGGCCCAGGUAGAGGAUGAAGAGAGCAUGGACGCCACGGAGAAGAAAACCCCCCAAAAGACAGAGGUGAAGGAGAAGACAACAGGACGCCGUCGCUCCACCUCCAGGAGAAAAAACAACGCAAACCCUGAACCCGACCCUGAACCAGACCCUGACCCCAGCCAGAACCCUGACCCUGAUCCCCCUCAGCCUGACCCCACGGUCCCAGCAUCAAGCCCAGAACCAGCUCCCAGUGCUGAGGAGGAGGACAGGACCAGCCCUGCUCCUGCUGCUCCGCUCCCAGCCUCCAGUCCUGGAGAUAAACCUCGAGUCAGUUCCCCAUCCCCAUCCCCAUCCCCUGCCUCCAGCCCCAGACCUGAUCCGGAUCCCGAUCCGGAUCCGGAUCCUGAUCCUGAUCCUGAUCCUGUGGAGGAGGACCGGCCCAGCCUGAGCCACAGCCCCAGCAUUGUUCCUUUGGAGACAGAGGGGGGCGGGGCCCUGAGUCCCUGCUCCAGUCCUCCGGUCUCCCCCUGCCCCCGACUGGAGGACGAGGACUCACUGUCCCCUCUGUUUCAGCUGUCUCUGUCUGAGGACUCAGGGGGCUCGCCCACCCCCAGCCUGGGACACACCAAAAAACGUCUGAAGCAGUGUGCCUUCUGUUACCGCGGUGAAGAGCCACCCCUGGGCCAGGGCCGACUGGUGGUGUUCGGCCCGACGCCCGGCUACAUCCCGCUCCACAUCCUCAACCGCCGCGCCUCCUCCGACCGGGACAAUGACUGCCACGACCACUGCUACCGUGGCGACCAGGCCCCACCCAUGUGCAGCAGUCCAGAGCAGUGUGAGGAGGAGUCUUCCUCAGAGUUUGUGGAGCAGCUCGGACCCGUUGGCCUUCCACAUGACAUCAACGUCCAAUCACUGUUCGACCCCACAGGUCAGUGCUGUGCUCACCUGCAGUGUGCAGCCUGGUCAGAGGGGGUAUGUCGCGGCGAGGGCCAAUCACUGCUCUAUGUGGACAAAGCCAUCGACUCAGGAAGCACGCAGGUGUGUGUGUUCUGCCGUCGGCUCGGAGCCUCGCUGCGUUGCCGGGCGACGGGCUGUAGGCAAAGCUUCCAUUUCCCCUGUGCUGCUGCGGCUGGAGCUUACCAGGACUGGACCAAGAAACACACACUGUGUACAAGACACACACACACAGCGUCCUCACAGUGUGUGUUGUGUUCGAGUGGCGAUGAUGUCGGUGGUCUGUUGAUGUGUUGUUGCUGUGGUGACCGCUACCAUGGCAGCUGCCUGAACCCCCCCCUGGCUCCCUCGCCCCUAUGCCGGGCUGGCUGGCAGUGUCCUCAGUGUCGAGUGUGUCAGAGCUGCAGGUUGCGAGGGGAUGAUGGCGCGUUGCUGGUGUGUGAACGCUGUGAUAAAGCCUACCACACACACUGUCUCACACCACCUCUGGAUCACACACCGAGCACCGGCUGGACCUGCAAGAACUGCAGAAUCUGCCGCCGCUGUGGUGUGAGGUCAUCAGGCCAGUGGGCCAAUCACCCGUUUCUGUGCAAGUCAUGUGACCCGGCCCUGCCCUGCUCUCUCUGUGACCAUGCCCCCGACCUCUACACACCACAGGACUAUCUGACCUGUAUCUGCUGCUAUAGGUGUGUCCAUACAGAGUGUAUUGUCCAGGCUGGGGAGGGCAGGGCAGGGUCUGAAGAUUACAUCUGCGCCACCUGCAGGCCUCAGAAGGAGGAGCCAAUCCCACACACUCCACUCGCACGCAGUCCUACCCUGGUCCCUCAACUAAGUCCCACACAGGCACCACCCAUAAGCGUUUCACAGCCACCAAUUCCAGGUCUCACAGAGGCUCCACCCAUCAGUCCAAUGGCUCAUAGCCCAGUCCACCUCAUCCACUCAGAGCCAGCCCAUAGUCCUACCAAGACCCCCUGUACGCCAUCGCAACAAAGUCUGGCUCUAUCUCAUGUUGAACCCACAGGGCUCCAACAUAGUCCUGCGCCAUCCUGCCCUGAACCUACAGAGCUCCAACAUUGUCUUGUACAAUCCUGCCCUGAACCUUCAGAGCUCCAACAUAGUCCUAUGCCAUCCCUCCCUGAACCCACAGAGCCCCAACAUAGUCCUGCACCAUCCCACCCUGAACCCACAGAACCCCAACGUAGUCCUGCGCCAUCCCACCCUGAACCCACAGAGCUCCAACAUAGUCCUGCACCAACCCACCCUGAACCCACAGAGCUCCAACAUAGCCCUCCACCAUCUCACUCUGAACCCACAGAGGUCCAACACAGUCCUGCACCAUCCCACCCUGAACCCACAGAGCCCCAACACAGUCCUGCGCCAUCCCACCCUGAACCCACAGAGCUCCAACAUAGUCCUGCGCCAUCCCACUCUGAACCCACAGAGCUCCAACAUAGUCCUGCGCCAUCCCACCCUGAACCCACAGAGCUCCAACAUAGUCCUGCGCCAUCCCACCCUGAACCCACAGAGCUCCAACGUAGUCCUGCGUCAUCCCACCCUGAACCCACAGAGCUCCAACGUAGUCCUGCGCCAACCCACCCUGAACCCACAGAGCUCCAACGUAGUCCUGCGCCAUCCCACCCUGAACCCACAGAGCUCCAACGUAGUCCUGCACCAUCCCACCCUGAACCCACAGAGCUCCAACGUAGUCCUGCGCCAUCCCACCCUGAACCCACAGAGCUCCAGCGUAGUCCUGCGCCAUCUCAUUCUGAACCCGCAGAGCUCCAAUGUAGUCCUGCGCCAUCUCAUCCAGAACCCACAGAAUUCCAAAAUAGUCCUGCGCCACCUCACUCGGAGCCCACAGAGUUCCAAUAUAGUCUUGAGCCAUCCCACCCUGAACCCACAGAGCUCCAACAUGGUCCUGCGCCAUCUCACUCUGAACCUGCAGAGCUCCAACAUAGUCCUGCGUCAUCCCACCCUGAACCCACAGAGCUCCAACAUAGUCCUGCACCGUCACACUCUGAACCCACAGAGCUCCAACAUAGUCCUGUGCUAUCCCACUCUGAACCCACAGAGCUCCAACAUAGUCCUGCGCCAGCUCACUCAGAACCCACAGAGCUCCAUUAUAGUCCUGCAUCAUCCCACCCUGAAUCCACAGAUCUCCAAUGUAGUCCUGCGCCAUCCCACUCUGAACCCACAGAGCUCCAGCAUAGUCCUGCACCAUCCCACCUUGAACCCACAGAGCUCCAGCAUAGUCCUGCACCAUCCCACCUUGAACCCACAGAGCUCCAACAUAGUCCUGCACUGUCCUGCCCUGAACCCAAAGAGGACCAACAAUGUCUUGCGCGAUUGCAUCCUGAACCCACAGAGCUCCAACACAGUCCUACACCAUCCUGCCCUGAAUCCAAAGAGCUCCAACGUAUUCCUGAGCCAUCCCACCCUGAACCCACAGAGCUCCAACAUACUCCUGCGCCAUCCCACCCUGAACCCACAGAGCUCCAACGUAUUCCUGAGCCAUCCCACCCUGAACCCACAGAGCUCCAACAUACUCCUGCGCCAUCCCACCCUGAACCCACAGAGCCCCAACAUAGUCAUGUGCCAUCCAGCCUUGAACCCAUAGAGCUCCAACACAGUCCUGCACCAUCCGGCCCUGAACCCACAGAGGACCAACAAAGUCUUGCGCCAUCUCAUUCUGAACCCACAGAGCUCCAGCAAAGUCCUGCACCAUCUUACCCUUAUUCCCCAGAGCAACAAGAAAUUUCUACGCCAUCUCAUGCUAAUGAAAAAGAGCUCCAGCGAAGUCCACCACCAUCUCAUCUCAGUCCCACAGAGCUCCUUCAAAGUUCACUACAGUCUUACUCUGGUCUAACAGAGCUCCUUCCAUCAGUUAGCCCUAAUCUCACAGAGCACCAGGAGAGCCACACCCUAUCUCAAGUUAGUCCAGCAGAGUUUCAACAAAGCCCCACUGGUGUGACUCCCUUGCAGGCUCAGAAGACUCAGCUCAGUUUUACUUCUUCCAGCUCUACCAAGAAUUCCACACAGGAUCAGCUUUUGGCCACAGAAUCUCAGCAGAGUCCAACACAGGGUAGUCCCAUGUCUUGUAGCCAUGCACAUUCUCCGCACAGCCCACCACCACAGACACCAUCCCAAGUAGGGCUUAGUCCUACCCAGGUUCAGCUAGGGCCUGCAGAGCCUGAGCAAAGCCCUUCACCACACAGUCAGGUGCAAGACAACCCUACACAGACACUGUUUGAUCGACCAUGUGGUCCUGCAAACAUCAUCAUCAUACAGCCUCAGCACAGUCCUACGCCACAUAGUUCUGCACAAGUUGGCACAUCACCUCCACAGAGUCCCACACAGGAUGCUGAACAUACACUGGACCAGGAGAGCCCUGGAUCAAGCAGCCCUGCUGAGCUGCAAUGUGCGCCUGCACAGGACAUUUCUACACUGGACCAGGAACUCUCAACAGUCUGCCGUAGGCCCACCAAGACAGCAAGGAGACAUGCCUUACCAAGGCCCUUUUCAGCUCCAUGUAGCCCAUCACCAUCCUCACUCAGAGCCACACAGUGUAGUCUGUCACAGCCUGCUAGCCCAGUACAGGCUCACUCUACACAGCCUUUUAGGCCUUUGCAGCUAAGCUUACUUCCUUCUCAGCUUGCUGCUCAGUCAAGAGUCACAAAGGAAUGCACGCAAACCAGUACUGCAGAGCUGACAUCUUUGGAGCAUAGCCCAGUGAAGCUGAUUCCUAACCUUGAUGGCCAAACACUGGAAAGUAGCCCUACCCUUCUUAGCCCCACACCUGACCUAUCCACAGUGCCCCCUGAUAGCCAUAGCACAGAUGGCAAACUCCCAAACCAGUGUGGUCCUGUUCAGAGUAGCGUGCCUAGCCCCCAUCACGGUCCUGCCAUGUCCACACCAGAAAGCCUUGUUCACCUUAGCACUUCAGUGGAACACAGUAGCCUAACUUGCUCACCUUGUGCUGAUGAAAUGGAGGAAAUUCCCCUCCCAGCUAGCUACAGUCAUCAGAGUCCUUCUUGUGACAGCCCAUCACGCUGCACAGAAGCUAUUGAAGGUAAAACCAGCCCCACACAUAUCCAAAAUAGCUCAGCUAGUGCUAGCCCCAAACAUGCCAGUCGGAUGCCUAUGAGCCCUGCCAGCUCUAUUCAGGCCUGUUCUAGCCCCAUGGCAGUGGAGACUAUCCCUGCCCACGUCAGCCCUGUAGCUACAGAGACUAGCCUCUCAACACAACCACCUAGCCCUGUAACGCUGCCAGCGCAACCAAUUGGCCCCUUGGCACUACCUGUCAGAUCUGCAAAGCAACCAGCUAGCCCACCAGCAGUACUGGCUAGAUCGGUCCAUCCCAUCUCAUAUCAGGAUGAAGAGAUGGAGGCACAAGUCAACCACCACAGUCAUUUAAUUCACUCAGAAACUAGUCCUGGCCACCCAACCCCUAUUCUGGACAAUAGAAUUCAUAGAAGCCCUUCUCAUGUUAGCCCAGUCCACACAGAAACUAGCAGUGGGUACAGUCUGAUGGGCUCCAUGGAUGUUCCAGAGAGAACCAGUGCCGCUGUUUGUAGUUUUGUAGAGACUCAGGCAAGUCCCACACUUCCUGGUCAGUCUGAUCCCUCACAUGUCCCGACCACCUGCAAUUCUUCUCCAUCUGCAGUCCAGACGGGCCCCCUGCCAUCUCCAACUAGCUUUAGUCCUCCACACUGUCGGUCAGCUGAUACUAGCCCGGCUAGUAGCUCUAUCAGCCACAGUCUGAGCCAUAGUGGCCAGACAAAUUCCCCGUCUGCUAGCAUAACUGAUGUCAGCCACAGUCCACCUAGGUCUAGUCCUGCUGGUCAAGCUAGUCCUGUUCACAAACAAAGCACCUCUUGUAGUGCCCACUCAGGCCCAGUCCAAAGACAGACUCCCUCAUUAGCUAGCAUGGCAUACAGUAGCCCUGCACAUUCUGCUGUUGCUUGUGUUAGCCCACCUUACAGUCCAGCUCAGGCCAGUGAAGAGUAUCGUAACCCCAGAGGUAGCCCCCAUUAUACCCCAGCUUCCGACACUGGAACCAGUUCUGGCCUAACUGUGGCACAGCUAAGCCCCACUUUGGCUAGUUCAAGACUUGAUGUGGACAUGGGGGCCAGUUCCAUAAUCCAGAGCUGUGUUCUUCCCACUGUGGUUCAACUCAAUUCUGGUCUUGUUAAACCCACAGACAGUAUUAGGCAGACAAGCCCAGCACCUGCCAGUUCCCAGUCAUAUGACUCACCCGCUGUUAGUCCAAACCAGGCUAGUCUGAUCCAGGGUAGCCCGUCCCCAGCUAGUCCUCUCCCUACUCCCAAAAAGUCUGUUGUUGAAAGCCAAGAAAACACUGCAUCGGCAAGCCCCUUGUAUCAAAGACCAGCGACCCCUGUUGAUGCUACUUCCACUUUGGCUAGUCAGAGCCAUGCUAGCCUUGUCCAUUCUAGUCCCACUCAGGAUAACACUGUGAUGCCUAGUACUAGCCACAUUAGUAAAAUACCCGCUAGUUCCCCACUCUCUGCCCGCUCACAGAGUAGCCCGCCUCAUGCUCCACAAGCUCAAGCUAGCUCUGUGCACAGUAGCCCAGUUGCUGGUCCUGUUUGCAGCCCCCUGCAAUCAGGUGAUACGCAAGUUAAUCCUAGACCUACCAGCUCUAUGCAGCCAGAGGCUAGUCCCAGUCCUGGACCUGAUAGACCUUUUAGUUGUGAGGCUAGCCCUGGUCCUGUUUCAGUUAGACCUGUUCUUGCCAUCCCUGGGCAGUCUGAAACCAGCCCAAGUUUUGGUCCUACAAGCCCUGUGCAGCCUGAUGCUGGUCCUGGUCCUGGAUGCCACUCUGUUUCCAGUCCUCAGCAACACACGACAGAAACGGAGUCUGCAGCCACAGUGGACAUCAGCAUGGAGGAGGAGCAGAAGGAGAAGACUGAAGAGAAGGAGGAGGAGGAGAUGCUGAGAGUAGUUCCACAGCAGGAGGAGCCUCACCGGACAGUAAAGGAGAGUCCAGAAGAAGAAGAGUCUGUUGAAAGAACGGAGAGAGGAGGAGAACAGGAGCAGGAAGAGGAGAAGGAGGAGGAGGAGGAUCGGCACAGCAGCUCAAACUGUCCUCCUGCAGGGUCUGUCCUGACCGCCUCCCCCCUCCUCCCACAGCCAGCUCCUCCCUCCCCACAACCCACUACACCAUACUCUGCCUUACAGCCCUCUUGCUCUCCCUCAUCCUCACCUCCUCCCUCCCCCCUUUCCUCACCACCAUCUCCUUCUCCUGCCAGAGCUGGCUCUCUGGAGGUGUCUCCUCACAGGACUGCCUUACUCCCCUACACCCUGUCUCCUCCCUCCCCUCCCCUGGAGGACCGCCCCCUGGAAGACAAACCUACCAAUCAAGUGGAAGCUGUGACUGGGGAGGCGGAGCAAGAGGACAAUUCGCUUCCCUGUCAUGUGGCAUCAGUAAAAGAUGACAGCCAAUCACAGAGCCAGUUUGAGCCUGUUGCUGCGGCAACAGAACCCACCAAAGAUAAGAACCAAUCACAUGCUGAGCCUUCAGAGAGAAAAGAAGAGGAGGAGGAGGAGGAGGAGGAGGAGCCUCCUGAACCAUUGGAGCCUAUAGCAACAGACAUGGUAGCCACUCCUGAGGUAGUUGCUGGGCAACAGCCAAUGAGGGAGAGGCAGGAUGCAGAGGACGAGGAAGAGAGGGAGGAGCAGGGAAAGGGUGUGACUGGUAAGAUGGAUGAAGAGGAGGUGGAGGAGGCGAGGGAGGGUGCUGAGCAGGACCAGUCGGAUGUGGAGGAGGAGGAGCCGGUGAGCCCUGUGCUGGAACUGGACCCCUCUUUGGACAUGGAGGUGAUGGCGCUGAUGACCUCCUCCUCACCUGCCCCCUCUCUCCUGCACCUCCCCUCCCCGAGCCCUCCUCCCGCCUCCCGAAGGGGCAUGGGUCGGACUUUAAGGCCUCCUCCCUGCUCCUCCAGGCCCUUGGACGACCUCGCCAUCCGUCUGAGGCAGUCCCCCUUCUCCACCGAGGCCUCCCCUGAGACCUCCCCCGCCAGAGCUCCUGUCACCCCGCCUCCCCUUUCCCCACCCUCACCUCCUCUCCGCUACUCUCCCUCGGCCAGCGAGUCUCCACCUCUUUCAAAGCCUCAGGCUCCUCCCAUCACUGUGCUCCCCCUGACUCCUAAAAUCGGCAUGGGGAAGCCGGCCAUCUCCAAGAGGAAGUUCUCCCCGGGCAGAGCCAGGGUCAAACAGGGUUCGUGGUGGAGUAAUCGCAGGGCGGUGAGCCCCCCCUCAUCCUCCCAGGAUUCCAUGGGGGAGGGAGGGUGGGACAGCCCUAAGCCCCGUCCACCGGACUCCCCCCUCUGGAGCAUGAGAGUGGGUCGUGGUUCAGGGUUUCCAGGCAGGAGGAGGUCCAGAGGAGGAGGUAUUGGAGGAGGCAGAGGAGGCAGAGGAAGGAGCCGGCUGAAAACCCAGGACUGUCUGACUGUGUCACCUGGAAGUGUGUAUGUGGAGCCGUUCCAGCCGAAGGAGGAGGAGGAGAACUCGAUGCACAACACAGUGGUGAUGUUCUCCACCUCCGACCACUUCACCCUCAAGCAGGACAUGUGUGUGGUGUGUGGCAGUUUUGGUCAGGGGGCUGAAGGCAGACUGUUGGCCUGUUCUCAGUGUGGGCAGUGUUACCAUCCCUACUGUGUCAACGUCAAGAUUACAAGGGUCAUCCUGACCAAAGGGUGGCGCUGUCUGGAGUGUACUGUGUGUGAGGCGUGUGGCGAGGCCAGCGACCCCGGGCGACUGUUGCUAUGUGACGACUGUGACAUCAGCUACCACACCUACUGCCUGGACCCGCCCCUUCAUACAGUCCCUAAAGGAGCCUGGAAGUGCAAGUGGUGUGUGUGGUGUGUCCAGUGUGGGUCCUCCUCCCCUGGGCUGCACUCUGAUUGGCAGAAUAACUACAGUCGCUGUGGACCGUGUGCCAGUCUGAGCUGCUGUCCUCUCUGUCAGAGACAGUACACACAGGACGAACUGAUACUGCAGUGUCAGCAGUGUGACAGGUGGGUCCACGCUGUGUGUCAGGGUCUGAACACUGAAGAUGAGGUGGAGGUUGCUGCUGACGAAGGCUUCGACUGCUCGCUGUGUCGAACACACGGCCGCAGCUCCUACGGUCGGUCUGACAGUUUUGAUUCUCCCUACAUGGCUCAGAUCAUCUCCAGGAUCAGAGAACCUGAGACAAAGACGUACACUCAGGAUGGAGUGUGUCUGACAGAGUCGGGACUCUCUCACCUGCAGUCUCUGGUUGAACCUCUGACGUCACCGCGCAGGUACCGCAGGUGUAAGCCCAAACUGAAGCUGAGGAUCAUCAACCAGAACAGUGUGUCUGUCCUGCAGACUCCACCUGACCCCCCCACUGAGCAGGACCCGUGCAGAGGUGACGUGGAGAGUGAGAUGAAAUCUGACUCCAGCCCUGAGCGAGACCACGCCCAUGACGAUGAUGUUACCAAGGAGCCUGAGGUUACCGAUGGCAACAAGAAGAGGAAAAGGAAACCCUACAGGCCUGGUAUCGGGGGGUUCAUGGUGCGGCAGCGUGGAGGGAGAGCCGGUCCGAGCAGAAUCAAACUGUGCAGGAAAGAUUCAUCAGAGAUGCUGCCGGGUCGAGAUGAAGAGGUUUCCAUGGAGACAGUGCCCCCUGCUGACCAGACGACGGAGAAGGUGAAGAAGAGGUACAGGAAGAAGAAGACGAAGCUGGAGGAGGAGUUCCCUUCCUAUCUCCAGGAGGCAUUUUUUGGUCGGGAUCUUCUGGACCGAAGCCGGCAGGUGGACAGAAAGCCAGGGCCAGAGACACCAGGUGCCAGCCAAUCAGGAGCCGCGGCAGGUGACGUGAAAGGCCGCGCCCCCUCAGGCCUGCCACUCGGCGCCAUGGCAACCAAUGCCAUCAAGAAGCAGGGAACACUGCCCAUGUCGGAGGACGCUCUGUUGGAUCUGUCUGAUGUUCUCAACACUGAUCCUCACAUACUGGCCACAGGACACACAGGUCAGAGUCAGGUGGAGCGCUCCCUCUCUCCGUUUGCCGGUCUUGACAUCAGCUCCAUGGCGGACGACCUGACAGGAAGUGGUGGGCGUGGCCAGAGGGUGGUGCAGGAGGAACCUCUGGACGCCAUAUUGAGUCCUGAGCUUGACAAGAUGGUCACUGACGGUGCCAUCCUCAGCAAACUGUACAAGAUCCCAGAGCUGGAGGGGAAGGACGUGGAGGAGGUGUUCACUGCUGUUCUCAGUCCAAGCAGCAGCAACAACCAACAGCCAGAGCAGAGCCAACAAACACACACUGCUGCUGCGAGCAAGACACACACACACAAUGCAGCAGCUGCCGUGUUUCCUCGUCUUCCGCUGAUGAACGGCCUGAUGGGAGCUGCUCCUCACUUUCCUAACACUCCCAUGAUGCCCAGCGGCGCUCAGAGUCCUGCAGGCUUCAGGAUGCCCCCUCCUGAGAGCCCCGCCCCUGCUCCGCUGCAAGGCACCGCCCUGGGGCUGGGCUCAGCCAGUCGGGCGCCAGCGGCAGAGGGCGAGCAGGACGUGAUGUCGACAGCUCAGAGAGGCAUGUUGAAGUGGGAGAAAGAAGAAACUCUGGGAGAGAUGGCCACAGUUGCUCCUGUCCUCUACUGUAACACCAACUUCCCCCAGCUGAGAGAGCAGUACCCUGACUGGUCCACCAGAGUGAAGCAGAUCGCCAAGCUGUGGAGGAAGGCCAGCUCUCAGGACAGAGCUCCAUUCGUGCAAAAAGCUCGAGAUAACCGAGCGGCUCAGCGCAUCAACAAGGUGCAGCUGUCCAACGACCCGCUCAAACGCCACCAACCCCAGCAGCAGCAGCCGCUACCACUGCCGCUACCACUACCACUACCGCCGCCGCCGGGACCUUAUGACCCCAUUUCCAUGGAGACAGAGGGGGCGUUUAAGGAUCCGCUGAGACCCAAAGAGUCAGAGCAGGAGCAGGAGUGGAAGUUAAGACAGAUGAUGCGUCAGAAGAGUAAGCAGCUGGCGAAGAUGGAGGCGACUCAGAAGUUGGAGCAGGUGAAGAUUGAGCAGCUGCAGCAGCAGAGGCAGCAGCAGCUGGUUGGUCGUCUGUCCCCGGAGGCCGGCAGCAGGAGUCCCAUCACCUCCUCCCAAGGCAGCGCCUCCCCCCUCCAUCCACCGCAGUCCAGACAGCACCUCCUCCUCGCCGACGAUGUCUUCCUUAGACCACAAGCCCCUCCCCCCUCUGGUUUUUCCUCACUUCCUCACUCCCCCCUCCCAUCCUCCCCUCUCCACCAGCCCCCAUCCUCCCCUCAGAUGUUCUCCCCGCCCUCCUCCCGCCCCUCCUCGCCCUGGGACCCCUACAGUAAAGUAGCAGGGACCCCUCGCCCCACCUCCUCCCAGGCCACUGGCCCCCCAGCCCCCCAGCAGCAGCGUCACAACUCCCUCAGCGCCUCCCCGGCCCACGAUGCCUUUAGCUCCCCCACACCUUCCCCCGACUCUAAAACCUCCGACGUCCCUCGGACCCUCGGACCCCAACCAGGCCUCCAGCAGAGCAGGGCAGGUAUGAUGAGCCCCUCCUCCGGCUCGGCCCCCGACCUCUCCUCCAGACAUGCAGGUAUCCGAGCAGCAGAGACGUACCAGAGGACUCCACAUAACGGCAGUAACAUACGUGUACCGGUGUCUGAAUCGUACGGUCGGGCUGGUGAACUGGUCCAGGGUGGGUUGUUUAAAGCCCCCAUGCCCCCCCAGCACCAGCCUCAGCAGGAGGUGUUUGGCAGCUCAGGAGGCGGAGGAGGACGGAGGGACCCGUCCAGACCCACAGACCUGGGCUUCACCCUUCUCCAGUCUCAGGACCCUCCCUUCCCCUCCAGUCCACUGACAGGGCUGGGUUCCCCCCACCGCAGCCCCUACGCCCAGACGCCCGGCACCCCCAGACCUGACUACAGCCAGCAAAUCACUGACCCCUUCACCCAGCACUCACCUUUGACCUCCCGGCCCUCGCCUGACCCCUACACCAACCCUCAGACUCCCGGUACACCUCGCCCCCACUCUGACCCUGCUUGCCUCGCAACACCGCCUACGCUGAGACUGGACCCGUACAACCAGCAGUCUGCCAACCGCCGGCCGUCCCCCUCUCACCCAAACCUCGACCCCUACGCCUCCAACCCCGGGACACCACGCCCCUCUGUCACAGAGCGCUUCCCUCGAUCGCCAGGGAGUCAGCGGAGCAACGACCCCUACGCUCAGCCCGCUGGGACACCACGACCCACCUCUGAUCCCUACGCCCAGCAGCCCUCCACGCCACGGCCCCAGAAGGCCCCAGAGCCCUUCAGUCAGACCCCAGUGGAGAGCUUCACUCCUCAGCCUGCAGGAUCCACCUCAUCCCCUUCAGUUCCAGGACUGUCUGGAGAGACGGUGUCCUUCACCUCCGCACACCACCAGUUGCAGCAGUCUCCAGGAAGACAACAACAGCAGCAGCAACAGGAGUCAUUUCCCAGAACCUCCAGCAGCCAGACCCCAAAGCACCCUGGGAUGUCAGAGGACAGCAACUUCCUGGCAGGUCAGGCUCCUGGUAACGACACCAUCGAGCAGGGCCAUGUUACAUUAGGCCCCUUACAAACGGACAAGACGACAACCAAUGAAAUGGCAGCACUGGCCCAGGCUUCUUUAGAGGGACCAAUGAGCAUGCUGCCUCAGAUUGGUGACUCAGAAGAGAAGCUGAGACAGCGUCAGCGGCUCCGGCAGCUCAUUCUGAGGCAGCAGCAGCAAAAGAGUGCUCUACGGCAGGAGAAAGGUCUGCAGGAAGCAGUUUCUGGACCCUCUGCUACUCCGCCUGCACCCUCCCCUGGUCCUGCCACACCACGACACUGGUCUCAGGUGGACUCCUCCACUGCUUCUCCAACAGACCCAUUUGGACGUCCCCCACCCCCUUACCCUGGCACAAGGCCUAGUGGGGCAGUGGGGGCCCCAGCCCCCAGGUUCCCUGGAGGUUUCCCAGGGGAGCAGCAGAGGGGCUUCACCCCCAGUGAGCCUCCUUUCCCCAGGCAGAGCCUCCCCAGAGAGCUGGGCGUUCGAGGACCAUUGCUGAGGUUUGGUGUUCCUCCAGGAGCUCCAGCGGGUUUCCAAGACUCCUUCUUGCGUCCUCCCCAGGGAUCUGUGCCUGGUUCUGGACUGAGUUUGGUGGAAGGUGUCCCCGUCCAGAUGAGGAGACCGAUGCCUGGGGAGUUCACAGGCAUCCGACCCCUCCCAGCUCCAGGCGCUCCCCCACACAUGAUGCCGGGUGUCCCCCAGCCCUUCCUUCCACGCUCCCUCCCCCUCCAGCAGCACAGCAUCAUGGGACAGCCCUACAUCGAGCUUCGACACCGCACCCCGGAAAACCGCCUGAGGCUGUCCUUCUCUGUGCCUGCCACCCCCGACCCCGAGGCCCCGCUGCUGCAGCCCAGAGACCCCCAGGCGCCUGCAACCAGGCCCGCUCAGACGCCACUGGGCCAGCAGACGAUGCUGGACCAGCUGAACCAGCAGCAGCACCUCGGCCACGCAGCAGCAGCACUGACUCAGAGCGGCGACACAACACUCCCAGGGGCUGAUGGGAUGGAGGAGCACCUGGAGGGAGAGGACUCAGCCGUGAAGGACCUGGAGGAUGUGGAGGUGAAAGAUCUGGUUGACCUCAACCUGAACCUCGACCCUGAAGACGGUAAAGAGGACCUGGAUCUGGGUCCUAACGACCUCCACCUCGACGACCUCCUGCUGUCGGGGAAGUUCGACCUGAUCGCCUACGCUGACCCUGAGCUCAAUCUGGAAGACAAGAAGGACAUGUUCAACGAGGAGCUGGACCUGGGGGAGCCUGCGGUGGAGAAGGACAGGGGGGAGAGGAGGGACGGAGCUGGUGGGUCCAGAAAGACAGAUAGCUACAGCCAGUGCAAACAGGAAGUGCAGGACAGCGUCAAGACAGAAACCAGUGAAGUCCCUUCUACAACCCAGAACCCUGCUCCACAGUCUGGGGUUGUCACCACCAGCAGACCCCCCAGACCUCCAGGAGCUCCAGGAGCUGAGGCAGCAAGCUCUAGCCAGCCCUCAGUCCCUGCCUCCCUCCAGAAGGGGGAGGACUCUGGUUCUGGUUCAGGGGCCUUGCCGGCUCUCCAGACCCAGGAACAGGCUCCGUCAUCAGGCAUGGCUCCCAGAGCUCAUCCCCCCAUGACUGGAGGUCAACAGUUGGUCUUCCAGCAGCAGCAGAGACCAUUUGGACCCUCCCCCUCGGCUCUCUUCACCCCCCACCCUCAAGGCGUCCCUGUGUCUCCCCACCCCAGUCUGACUCCCCAGGGAGCCCCUGCCUCGCCUCACCCACUGUCCCUACAACCCCCCCAGCCUCGUCUCCUCCUCAACCCCCAGACCCAGAGCCAGGCUGUGUUCCCAAAGAACCAGGACCAGGACCAGAACCAUCACAGGCCUCUCCUCCUGGAGGAGCAGCCGCUCCUCCUGCAGGACCUCCUAGACCAGGAGCGCCAGGAGCAGCAGCAGCAGAAACAGAUGCAGGCCCUGAUCAGACAAAGGUCCACGACAGACACUGUGUUACCCAACAUAGCAGACUUUGACUCCAUCUCUGAUCCCAUCAUGAAGGCCAAGAUGGUGGCUCUAAAGGGCAUUAACAAGGUCAUGACCCAGGGCAGCCUGGGACUCAACCCCAUGGUCAUCAACAGGUUCCAGCAGGCUCCUGUGGCUCCUGCGGUCCCAGGUCCAGAGGGGACCCCUCAGCCUCCACACCUGCCAGGACAAGACGCAAAGUUGAAUCCCCAGUUGGUGCGACCCAACCCCCCCAGCUUUGGCCCGGGCUUCGUCAAUGAGUCCCAGCGGCGUCAGUACGAGGAGUGGUUGGGGGAGACGCAGCAGCUCCUGCAGAUGCAGCAGCGCCUCCUGGAGGACCAGAUCGCUGCUCACCGCAAGACCAAGAAAUCUCUGUCGGCCAAACAGAGAACGGCUAAGAAGGCCGGCCGAGCGCUUGCCGAGGAGGACGCCGCCCAGCUCCGCAACAUCACGGAGCAGCAGGGAGCGGUCCAGAAACAGCUGGAGCAGAUCCGGAAGCAGCAGAAGGAUCAUGCCGAGCUGAUCGAGGACUACAGGACCAAGCAGCAGCAGCAGAGAGCAGCUGCAGGAGCGCCCCUCCUCCCUCAACCCAUGGUGUCAAUGCAGUCCCACCCGGGUGGCCCCACCCCGGCCCGUAUCCCAAACGCCCCCCUUGGUUGGACCCCAGGGAGCGGGGCCCCAGCAGGGGUGAUGGGGCAGAGGAUGCCACUUCAUCUGCCCCCUCAGAUGCCUCCGUCCCUACCUAACGCUCCUCGGGCUGCCCUGCACACCCACACCCCUCCUCCCAUGGUGCCCGGCCUCGUUGCUCCGACAGCGGGCUUCACUGCGGGCCCCCAGGGCCCCAGCACAGGGCCCACUGGAGCAGCAGCGGACGCAGCGGCUGCCCCACCUCAGGUGAAGUUUGACGACAACAACCCGUUCAGCGAAGGUUUCCAGGAGAGGGAGAGGAGGGAGAGGCUGAGAGAGCAGCAGGAGAGGCAGAGAGUUCAGCUCAUGCAUGAGGUGGAGCGUCAUCGUGCCCUGCAGCAGAGGCUGGAACUGGAGCAGCAUGGCCUCCUGGGAGCCUCCAUGGGUCCUGGAGCUGGAGUAGCGGCCAUGGCCUCAUCUGGAGCUCCAUCAGGGGCUCGAGCCGGACAAACUCCUGGACCUGGAGGUCCUGCGGGGUCAGCACCUGCCCAUGGAGAGGAUAGUCUCUCCCAGAUGCCCUUCUUCAGUUCUGAGCUGCCCCAGGACUUCCUCCAGUCCCCCCCAGCCUCCAGACCUCCCCCACAGCAUCAGGGCCAGGCAGCAGCACCAUUCCCCCAGCAGGCAGGCCAUCACCAGGGCUUCGUAGGAGGACCCCUUCACCCUGGAGCUCACCCAGCUUCAGGUCUGCUGCCUGGGGCUGCAGCAGAGCGAGGCAGGGCCUUGCCUGUGGAUGUGGCUCCCUCCAACCUGCAGACCAGGCCAAGGCUGUCGGGCCCCACUGUGCCCGCGGCCCCGGGACAGGUACAGGUACAGGUACGGUCUGCUGGGAUCGGAGCGGCAGGAAUGACCCCCUCCCAUGCUGGAGGUCAGGCACAUCGAUUUGGACAAGACUCCUCCUCUUCCUCCCCAUCUUUCUCCUGCUCCUCUUCCGGCGGCCCUUCCUCCCUCAUCCAGCUCUACUCUGACAUCAUCCCCGAUGACAAACCAAAGAAGAAAAGGAGCAGGAAGAGGGAAGGAGAUGAGCCCGCAAGUGGAGGAGGAGCCAGGACGCCACUGUCCUCACACUCUGAUGACAUCACAGCCCCACCCACUCCGGCUGUGUCAGACACUUCCUGCUCCACGCCCACUCGAGGCAACAUGGAUCAAUCAGAUCUGUGCUUCUCUCUAAGCUCUUCCCUCUCCGGACUGGCUCCGUCAUCAGAGCUGGAAAAACAGCUGUCCGUCAUUUCUGCUGCCCAACAGAGAGGCUCCGCCCAGGGCAUGGAGUGUCAGAGAGGUCAUCUGGAGGUCAAGGAGGAGCGUGAGGAGGGAGGAGCAUGUGGAGGAGGUGUGGUGAAGAUGGAGGAGGGCGGGGGUGAGGGAUUCUCCUCUCCCUCUCCUGUCCACGGGGGAGAUGGGGGCAAGGAGCUGCUCAGACACCUGCUGAAGGACAAGACCUCUCCAGCAACCACGCCAUCACCCACCGGCCAGGCCCCGCCCACUGCUCAGACCCCACCUGCUGCCCGCCGCCAGCUGUCCAAUGAGAGCAUCCGGUCUGAGGAGGAGGACAGGCCUGGCUCCCAUGGCAACAUGGUGAUGAUGGACAGUCCAGGUCCAGAUGUGCUGGACUCGUCCAGCAGGAAGAAGGCACAGCGCUGUAAAAGACUGGCUCGGCCGGAGAAAGACAGAGCUCCCUCCAAAAACAAGAGGAGGAAGAAAGAGGAGGAGGAGAAGACGCUCCACUCCUCCUCCACCUCCCCCUCUGACCCGCUGAUGACACACCUCAGACAGCUGUCGGUGCUGCCUCUCAUGGAGCCGGUUCUCGGGGUGGAUCUGAGUCUGUUCCCCCCGUACGGCAGCUCCUCUCUGGGCAGAGACUCCAGACUGACGGGCUCCUUCGGUAACGCCUGCCUGGACGGAGUCACUGACUACUACUCCCAGCUCAUAUACAAGCAGAAUAACCUCAGCAACCCCCCCACACCUCCGGCCUCCCUGCCCCCCACCCCCCCACCUGUCGCCAGGCAGAAACUGGUCAACGGCUUCGCCACAACGGAGGAGCUGGCGAGGAAGGACAUCACGGAACAGGACGUGAAAGGUGUGAAACAGAAGGGGGAGGGGCUUCUGACUCUGAACCACACCUCCAAAACUGUUGACGUCCCCGCCUCCCUGCCAACGCCACCCCACAACAAUCAGGAAGAGAUCAGGGUCCAGGACACGUGUGGUCGUGACAGCCCGGAUGGUUUCAUUCCGUCCUCCUCUCCGGAGAGCGUGGCAGACAUGGAGGUCAGCAGGUACCCCGACCUGUCCUUCAUCAAACUGGAGCCACCCUCUCCCUGCUCGUCACCUACAAUACCCAUGAUGCCCUGUGCCUGGGGCAAAGGCUCUGCAGUGAAACAGGAAGUGAAGUCGGAGCCCAGCCACCAGGGUCCUCCCUCCUGCUCUAACACAGACCUGGUUACCAUAGCGAUAACCCUGAACCCUGUUGCCGCUCAGAACGCUGCAGGUGUGAUGGCGGCGGUGGCGGAGCUGCUGCGGGUCCCCGUCCCCAUCGACUAUCAGCUGAUUCGACCCGCCGGCCCCGAGCGUAGCUCUCUGGCACUGCUGGCCGGAGUCCGAGUGCCGCUCACACAGGGUUCAACAGGCAGCAGACAGCAGAGACCUCCACCUCCUGCUGCUGCCGCCGCCAGGUCUCAGUGCUGCAGCUGCUGCAAGGUGCUGCUGGGAAACGGAGUCCGCAUCGUCAAGGAGCUCAAACAGGAGGGUCAGUCCAGACCAGGAUCCAGCUUGGUGUUCUGCAGUCCAAACUGCUCUGCACUCUACACAUCUGACCUGCAGAGCACAACAGCUGGAACCAAGGCUGCAGUCCCCGUCAUGCUGGCCAGCUCUGAUCGUCCUCCUCCCAGCAGAGUGCAGCACCAGUAUACCAGUAACAUGUCCUCCAUCGCUGUCCACUCCCUCCUCAACACUCCCUCCUCACCUCCCCCCACCUCCUCCUCCUCCUCCCCACCACUCUCUUUCCCCACUGCCUCUGCUAUUACCAUGGAGACCAGGCCUCGCAUGGACAGCCUCAAGGUGAAGGUGAAGCUGAAGCCCCGCCCCCGGGCGGUAUCAGGUGUAGAGGACUUGCUUUUGUCUCGUCAUGGCAAGAGGAUGAAGGGUUGCCGUUGGACACGCUGGAGCUUGAACAUCACACUGAGCAGGGGUCCAUGCAUCCCCAACGAGGCUGUUGCCAUGCCAACAGAAGAGGCAGUGGAUGUGCUUUUGAAAAAGCUGGGGACCUGUCUACGUCCUGAUCCACCACCCAAAGACCAGCGGAGGUGCUGCUUCUGUAACCAACAGGGUGAUGGACGGACAGAUGGACCAGCCAGACUGCUUAACUUGGACCUGGACCUGUGGGUCCACCUGAACUGUGCUCUGUGGUCCAGUGAGGUGUACGAGACUCAGGCCGGCGCUCUGAUCAACGUGGAGCUGGCUCUGAGACGAAGUCUGACUCUGCGCUGUGCUCACUGUCAAAAGACCGGAGCCACAAGUGGCUGUAACCGCCUCCGCUGCACCAACACUUACCACUUCACAUGCGCACUGCAGGCCCACUGCACCUUCUUCAAGGAUAAGACCAUGCUCUGUCACCUCCAUAAGCCCAGGACGGUUCCUCUCAGUGGGGACAGGUCCUCCAGCGGCUCUCCCUCCUCCACUCCGGGGCUGCCUGCCGACCCCGCUGCAAUGGCCCUCAGUGACCCGUACGACUGCGAGCUGCGAUGCUUCUCCGUGUUUCGGCGAGUGUUCGUACAGCGGGACGAGGCGCGGCAGAUCGCUGCAGUGGUGCAGCGCGGCGAGCGUCAGCACACCUUCCGAGUCGGCAGCCUUUUGUUCCGCGCCGUCGGCAGGCUCCUCCCUCAGCAGAUGAAGGCCUUCCACAACAAGACUGCCAUCUUCCCCAUCGGUUACCACGCCAACCGCAUCUACUGGAGCAUGCGCCACAGCAACAGACGCUGUAAGUACAUGUGCUGCAUUGAGGAGCAGGAGGGCCAGCCGCUGUUCAAAGUCAAGGUGGUGGAGAAGGGAUACGAUGACCUCAUACUGACCGGACCAACACCCAAAGCUGUGUGGGACCAGAUUCUGGAACCAGUAUCACAGAUGAGAUCCUCCAGUGGGACUCUGAAACUCUUCCCAGUUUACCUGAAAGGAGAAGAUCUGUUUGGUUUGACCACGUCUGCAGUGACCAGGAUCAUCGAGUCUCUGCCAGGUGUGGAGACCUGUGAGCGUUACACCUUUCGUUAUGGCAGGAACCCUCUGAUGGAGUGGCCCCUGGCCUUCAACCCGUCUGGCUCGGCCCGCUCUGAACCCAAAGCCUGCCAGGCCAAGAGACCGAACCCGCUGACCAGCAUCGCUCCCAGGUGUCAGGGCUCAGUGGGCUCCAUCGUGGGCCUCGUGCCCGGCGUCAUCUCUCUGUCUCCAGGAGAGUCGGUGGCCGGGGCUCAUCAGGGACGCCACUCCAAGUCGUCCCAGUACCGACGCAUGAAGGCCGAGUGGAAGACCAACGUCUACUUGGCCCGCUCUCGCAUCCAGGGUCUGGGUCUGUACGCUGCCAGAGACAUUGAGAAAUGCACCAUGGUCAUCGAGUACAUUGGUACCAUCAUCAGGAGUGAAGUAGCCAACCGCAAGGAGAGGCUGUACGAGUCACAGAACCGUGGUGUGUACAUGUUCCGGAUCGACAACGACUAUGUGAUUGACGCCACCAUCACUGGAGGACCGGCCAGGUACAUCAACCACUCGUGUUCUCCCAACUGCAUCACAGAGGUGGUCACUGUGGAGAAGGAGAACAAGAUCAUCAUCAGCUCCUGCAGACGCAUCCAGAGAGGAGAAGAGCUGUCUUACGACUACAAGUUUGACCUGGAGGACGAUCAACAUAAGAUCCCGUGUCACUGUGGAGCCGUCAACUGCCGCAAAUGGAUGAACUGAACACACACACAGAGCUGUCUCUCUCUCUCUCUGUCUCGGUGCUGGGGCUGGAUGUCGAUCGCCCAUCACCCUGUGGGCGGAGCUACACUUCAUAUCAGAAGUCAAUAUAAUAAUAAAGUGAUCAGAGAUAAUAAUGAUUGGAGGGAGGGGGUGACUGACAGAUAAGGGUCGGGGCUAUAUAGAGAUAUAUAUGUAUAUGUAUGUAUCGGGAGGGCGUGGCUUUAGAUGGUCAGGGAGGGGGCGGGGCUUAUGACGAGGCUGGUCCUCUGUGUGUAUAUUGAGUGUAAAAAUGACCACAGAUGUAAAUGUGAGUGUAAACGCCACUGAAAUAACCGAAUGUCUUCGUCCUCACAGGGAGGGUCAUUAAGUUGCACUAUAAAAACUAUAAAACAAGAAAAACAGACGGAUCAAUUCCCAGAGAAACUUACUUGACUCCUCCUCCUCUUCCUCCUCCUCCUCCUCCUC